AGCAAUAAACUAGAGGAGAAAAAAAAACUUCAAGAAAACCUCAGAAGAGAAGCAUUUAGAGAGCACCGGCAAUACAAAACUGCUGAGUUCCUGAGCAGACUGGACGCAGAGUUUCCAGACAGAAGUACCCGUCAAAUUGCUCUUCGUGACCCACAGUCUUCAGCUUGGAGUGAAUUACUGGAAUUUAACCGACAGCAACAGGAGGAAGAAAGAAUCAAAGCCCACCAAGCUGAACACAGAAGGGUAAAUAAUGUUUUUCUGGACCGGCUCCAAGGCAAAAGUCAACCAGGUGGCUUCGAGCACUUUGGAGGCCAUUGAAAUAUGAAUAGUGGUGACAGCUGGGAUGUAUGAGAAAUACUUACUUACAUCUGUCCUUUGUCAACUGACCUGAAGAACCUCACUUGAUGAUUUUCCUUAAUGCUCCUUUGUUUAUCCUCACGGGUUUUAUCUUGACUUCAAUUGCCCACCCACUUCUCUGAACAACUGGGGAUGACCAGAUUUUCCCUGUCAUUAUUUACACAUGUUUGUAGGAGCUGAUUGCUGAGCUCAUAUUUAAUUUCUAUUGCCAUUGGAAUGUUACACUAUUUCUCUCAUUGGUUUCACAUCUUAUUGGGAGCCUAAUUACAGCAAUGUUAGUAAGAUGAAAAAGGAGGGAGUCAUUUGAUACUUUCAGGUUUGCAAGAGCUAUGGGUGCUGCAUGCUUGUCUCUCAAAGCAGUUAAUUCUUAUGUAAUUCUCAGAUCACAUUUGGGGAAGCUUUGGCAUUUUUUAGAUUUUAAGCUCUACUUAAUCUGGGGUACAAACUUGAGCAAAAGAAAAAAUCUUUUAUACUCUUUUAAACACAUUUAUGAAUAAAUUUUGAAAUACUUCUGUAUAAA